CUCAGUAUCUCAAUCCCAUCUCUCACCAUCUCUCAGUCUUCUUCCAUCCACCCCUCCAUUUCCAAACAUGCUUGCCGCCUCGAGCGCCAUUCUUCGCCGCGCUGCCGUCGCUGCUGCUGCCGCUGCUGCCGCUGUGCCUGCAUCAUCCGCAGUGCCUGCCCGUCGCGGCAUCAUGACGCUGACAUCGUCACUCAACGGCUUUACCGACGAUCAGAAGCAGCUGCAACAGGUCGCUGAAAAGUUCGCCCAGGACAACCUCGCGCCGCAUGCUGCCGCGAUCGACAAGAACAACAACUUCCCGGGCCUCCGCGACUUCUGGAAGAAGUGUGGCUCGAUGGGCUUCCUGGGUGUCACUGCGCCCGAAAAGUACGGCGGCGCCGGUCUGGGCUACUUUGAGCACGUCCUCAUCAUGGAGGAAAUGUCCCGCGCAAGCGGUGCGAUCGCGCUCUCGUACGGUGCGCACUCCAACCUCUGCGUCAACCAGAUUGUGCGCAACGGCACUGAAGCCCAGAAGCAAAAGUACCUGCCCAAGCUCAUCAGCGGUGAGUUUGUUGGCGCGCUUGCCAUGUCGGAGCCCGGAUCUGGCUCGGAUGUCGUCUCGAUGCAGCUUCGCGCUGAAAAGAAGGGCGACAAGUACGUCCUCAACGGCAACAAGUUCUGGAUUACUAAUGGCCCCGACGCUGAUGUCCUUGUCGUCUACGCCAAGACCGACGUUCGCGGUGGAUCCAAGGGUGUCACUGCCUUCCUUGUUGAAAAGGGCUUCAAGGGCUUUACCACUGGCCCCAAGCUUGACAAGUUUGGCAUGCGUGGAUCCAACACUUGCGAGUUAAUCUUUGAGGACUGCGAAAUCCCCGCCGAAAAUGUCAUGGGUGGCGUUGGCAAGGGCGUCUACGUGCUGAUGAGCGGCCUCGAUUACGAGCGUCUUGUUUUGGCUGGCGGCUCCACUGGUCUGAUGCAAGCCGCCCUGGACAUUGCCAUCCCCUACGCCCACACUCGCAAGCAAUUCGGCCAGAAGAUUGGCGAGUUCCAGCUCAUGCAAGGCAAGCUUGCUGACAUGUACACCAAGCUCGCGUCGUCGCGCUCGUUCCUGUACGCCGCUGCUCGCGCUGCCGACCGUGGCGAGAUUGACGGCAAGGAUUGCGCUGCUGUCAUCCUCUUGUGCGCUGAGAAUGCCACUCAAGUGUGCCUCGAGGCCCUCCAGACCCUUGGUGGCAACGGUUACAUCAACGAGUACGACACUGGCCGUCUUGUUCGCGACGCCAAGCUGUACGAAAUUGGCGCUGGCACGUCUGAGGUCCGUCGCCUUGUCAUUGGCCGCCAUUUCAACUCGCUCUUCCGCGACAAGAAGUAAAAGCGCCAGCAAGCACAAUUUGAGGCGCCCUUCCCCCCCCCCUCCCAAUGCUAACAACAACAUCAUCAUCAAUGUGCGUGACAACUACCAUGGAUGUUGAUAAACCAAAAUAUACUUUUCGACACAAAACCAA